CACAGCGACAAGAACAAUCAACUCUCUGAUUUCCAUUCUCGUUUCGUUUCUUACUGGUGUGAAUCUCGAUAGACAUCACAUCGGGUGAUCAAAAUCACUGAAAGGGCACCUGCGCUGGGGUGUUCUUUCCUGAAGCAAUUAUCGAAAGCACCCUUUCCUCCUCGAUUGCAACCAACCUCACGACCUUAAAUACACCCACAAUGUCUACUCCCGAAUCACAAGCGUUUCUCGCAAAGAAACCUACAGUCGCUCCCACCUUCGAUGGUGUAGACUUUGCCGACAAUCAAGCCGUUGCGAAUGCAAGAGAUGCGAUUGUGCGAGAACAAUGGGUCGGGUUGAUGAUGCAGAGAUUAGUUGGCGAAGAGAUGGGCAAAUGCUACCUACGUGAAGGCGUCAACCACUUGGAAAAGUGCGGCAAAUACAGAGACCGAUACAUUCAACUCUUAAAAUCCAACAACAAUAAAGGUUACCGUGGACAACAGCAGAACUACAUCCCCGGCGUCGAUGGCCCUUCGGGAGGACCAGAAAUUCACACAGACUACCCCAGUGUUCAACAAGCCAAGGGAUCAAAGGGCUCCGAUUACAGACCUGGAAACACAAGUGGACAAGGUGGAAGUACGCUGUACUAGAGCAAGAGUUCUCGGUAGGCGCCUCUGCAGAAAGAGAGGAAUGUACAUAUCAAUUGAAAGCCAAUGAAAAAAUUGUGUGACUAUGAAAACGAAGCGGACACUAUCCAUUGUGCAAUACAGCAGUCACUGCUCUUUUGGGGAUUGAUUCUGCGUCUAAUGCGCUUUACAAGUGCUGAAUCGAUCCAGCCACGAAAAUUGCUGACUUGGAACGGUGUACAGUUCAAUUAAUAUGGCAGGUUAUUCAAGGAACGAAACACUUUU